AUGUUUUCACCCUUUGCAUUCCUUUUUUAUAAUAAAUAUAAACUUGUGAACACCACCACCAAUAAUGCUUCUCAAUUGAGAAUAACUCAUUUAGAAAAUGAGUUACGUGAAGCAAAGUUAGAAAACACUCAAUUGAGGGGAAUAAUUUUGCAAGUCCAAAGGCAAUUCCUGCUGGACAUUCCACUGAUUGCCGUUGUCCAGGAGAAUCAAGGGAGUGAUGUUAUAUCAGUCUCAGGAGGAGAUGACUCAAGAUCUCAAUUGUCUGUAGAGUUGCCAAUAGUCCAAGAAAACAUUUUAAAUGAUUCUCCAAUGGACACUUUAUCAAACCUGGACGAUUUUGAGCCCGCUGCUACAGGGGAAUCGUCUCAUAUUCAACCCAUGGGAGAGUCUGUUGUGGCUUCAACUUCUGAUUUUCAAAGCAUGAGAAAUCCAGUAGAAACUUAUGACGCAUUUGGGGAUCAAAUGUCUGGCCGUCCCAGUACAGUGUUUCAACCGUAUCCAGACACUGAUCCAGGAAGCGACUUAUCCCAAUUUAACGAUCAACCAACCACGGAUGAUUCUGUUAAUGAAUUCCAUUCUCCUCCUACAACGAACAAUCACGAGAGUUCUCGCACUGCUGUGGCUCCUCCUGAUAUUCAAUUAACUGAUCGUUCAGCUAGAAGAUUCAGGUAUUCGGACAUACGAAGAACGGAAUUGAGCAAUCAAAGCAGAAGAAGAUCAACACCAUAUACUCCUCCCCGUCGCCCUCAGAGAAAAAGGGGAGUGACACGGAAGGAUUUUGAAGAACUAUGCAAUUCCAUAAGGAUGCUACGAAGAUCUUUUAGUCCUACAGCUGAAUCGGAAUCUGAAUUUAAUAGGAUUUAUAUUGUCAUUAAGAAAAUAAGCAACCGAAGACCGAAAACAUUUACAAUGGGACUAAUAAACUUCAGAAUAUCACAAACUUAGACAGUAUACAAAUUUAAACACGUGCAGUAUAUCGCAAUCACUACACAAACUCUUAAUUAAUGGAUCUGAAAUCAUGAAAAGGAUG